AACUGGAUCUAAUUGUAUAUCAACAUCCCUUGACGACCCUACUAACCAGCUACAAUCGUCUACCGCUAACUCCGAUUACUCUCUACCCAUUAAUACCACGCUCCAUGAGUCACUUUCUUGGCUGGAUCCAAAUUAUUCAUUUCAGUUUGGCACCCUUCAACCUUUUGAUAACAACCUUAUAUCUGAACCUUUCUCUACUCCAUCUGAAAAUUUAGAUUGGUUUCCAUAUAGCGGUAUUGCCAAUACGUUCGAUGAUUAA